AUGACCCCAGACUCGUCGACCAAAUCGACCCCCACCUCCCAGGCUCUCCAGAAUAGCCCCCGAUCCAUGACGGAGCCCGAGGCUCCUCCGCCACAACCCAAGUCGGACAACGUCCAGUCGACGAAACAGAAACGAGUGAGGACCGGAUGUUUGACCUGUCGUGAACGGCACCUCAAGUGCGAUGAAGGGUUACCGAACUGCCAGAAUUGUCAAAAAUCCAACCGAAAAUGUAAACGCGGCGUCCGCCUAAACUUCAUCGACAUCCAAUGCGAGAUGCCCCCACGUUUAGUUCCGCGGACGCGCGAUUGGAAGGUCUCUUUUCAGGACGACUCCCGCGACAUUGCCUCCGAGUAUCAAGGCGGCCGGGAGAAGUAUCAUCCCCUUGAACCAGAACCCAAGCGACAAAAGUUAAGCGUGUCGGAGGGGACUUACGACUAUAGUCAGAUAGCGGCUCCAACCGUACCUCAUCAGCAGCUCCCAGCUCAACAGUCCUACUCCCCUUCUUAUGCUGAGUCGGCACAAGCUAUGUACUCCAGCUCCACCACUCAAGCAUAUGACGAUGCAACAAGUGCCAUGGGGCCUUAUCCAGAAGCAUCUCAAGGAGUUAGACAAUCCUAUCAGCAGACAAUGCUUACUCCCAUUGAACAAGAACAAAUUCCGCCUUGCCUAGAGGACCGGAACGAGGUUCUGUACAUGCAAGUAUACGUGGAAGAGGUGGGUUUAUGGAUGGACUCGAUGGAUGCAGAAAAGCAUUUUUCUCGUCUUAUUCCCUUCCAGGCGCUCAAGGAACCCAUGUUGAAAUAUGCUUUGCUGGCCUGUGGAGUCCGACAUCUCACCUUAGUCAACCCCAUCUAUCCAGAAGAGCAUGCAUUGAAUUACUACAACAAUGCCACGCAGCUGCUGCUCAAGGCGCUACAGAAUCCCGAUCGAGACAGCGUUUUGUGCGCCACCACUGCCACCAUUCUCAACGUCUACGAAGUUAUGUGCGAGAAGGCUUUGCAGAGAAUGAACCAUAUCGCUGGUGCCCGUGCCCUCAUCAAGGAAUGCCGGUGGAACGCGACAACAACAGGCAUCGGAUCGGCUUGUUUCUGGCUGAAUGUCGGACUGGAAUUAUUUAGCUGCCUGCAUUUUAAUUGGGCGGUUGCCUGGGACCCUGAUACCUGGGGCAUUGACAUUGACAUGACUCCUCAGCUGGUGCCCGGACACGAAGAAGACUGGACACACAGAAUGUUGUGGAUAUUGUCCAAGAUCACCAAUUUCCGAUCCGAGGCACAGCGGCGAUACCAUGACAGCAGUGUCCAUCUAGAACAGAUGCGCUUGCACCAGCGAAACAAACAAUGGCUGGGUUUGAAGUUCUUUUGUGACCGUUGGCACGAAUGUGUACCGCCGACAAUGCAUCCUCUAGCAUACGUUCUGCCUCAGAUGACGUCGUCAAAAAGCGCGUUCCCUGAGCUGUGGUUCAUCAAGAGGACCACCAUCGUCGCUAGGCUAUUCUAUCACACGGCAAUGGCACUGCUCGGGUCAGUUCAUCCUUUGGCCAGCCUGCACCCUCAAAAAGCAGAGGAGAUGCAAGAUAUGAGGAUUCACCAUUCGCGACAGAUCUGCGGCAUUGUAGCCCAUACCAAGGACAGGGGUGUGGCUUCGGCCUCCAUCCGCUGUCUGGCAGUGGCCGGCGAAAACCUCACCGUCAGACGGGAACAGGAAGAAGUUCUGCAGAUUUUUGACCGCAUCAAAAAGGAAACGGGCUGGCGCGUCGACUCCAUCCAUGAUGACCUUAGGGAGAAGUGGGGCUGGACCAGCUCUGCUCAAGACUAUGACAGCAUGAGCUCAGUGUCUACAUAUUAUGCGCCGCCCAGACCUUCAGCCCUUUCGAGUACACCGAACGCAACGCCCCCUCGUGCAAAAUACCCUAGCGGCAUCGUCAACCCCCUGUACCAAAAUGCCGAUUUUUCGGCCCAGAAUCCGCCGUAUCAAGGCAACUACGUCCCUCCUGCUCCUGGACAUGUCAUGCAUAAUAACACGCAAAUGUAUGGGUUUUCCGGUAUUACAACCAUUUGA